GUGUAUAUAUAUAUAUAUAAAUAUAAAUCUAAAACUCAAUCCAAAAUCAGAACUUCUGAAGAGACCAUAGUAUACAAAGGGCGAGAUAUAGAGAUGGGAAUGAGGACAAUCUUGAUUCUUCUGUCUCUUGUUUCAGCAUGCCUGGCUUGCAAAUCGAGUCUUUAUGGCGAAUGGACUGACGACAAAACCCAGCAGACCGUGACCUUUAGCUCCUCGGGGGUGACGGGAUGGGACGUGAGAGUGUUCAGCUACACUGUGAACACGUGGAAGUGUACUGAGGAGUCCACUGACCAAAUCCUAAUAAGUUCAUCCCCGGUCGACAUCUACAGCCUGUAUUUUGUUCUCCACCGAUGCAUCACGGUGACGAAAGAAACCGACUGUAAAUAUCAAAUCACAUUCAACAACCCGGUUGAACCUAAUGCCGGGUACGAGAGGGUCACUGUAUUGAUGAAGAAUGAUGACGCAACCUUAUCUAUGUGUUCUUCUGACGGAGAGACCCGAACAAUCACGAAGAAUGGUUGCCUCUAGUCAAGUAAAUCUUCGAGGCACUCUCAAUCAACUGACCACGGACUUUGUCAUCUGUUCUUGUAACAUUUCUUCUAACUAUAAGAGUUUCACAAAUA